GUUGUCCUCGCCCAGCAUCAGCUCAUCCAUCAACAGCUCAUCCAUCACAGCUCGGUGCUCAGCUGGCUGGCAUUAUCCUUUUCAUCAAAUCGACUCCACUACACGCUUGUGAACGAGAUGUCGGAUGAGAAGGCACCUCUCAUACCGCGCUCCGUCGGGACUCACGCGAGGGCGGAAUCGGCUCCGCGGCGUCACCGCUAUACUUCCAGAAGGACCGCAUUGAGGGUGCUGGGUGCUACUGCUGCUGCUGGAAUUCUCUACUACAGUAUUCCUGAAGUCACGGCGCACUCUGCUAAGAACAAGUUAUGUCUGACGCCAGCAUGUGUGCACGCAGCAUCUGAGAUUCUCUAUAAUCUCUCACCCAACUACAAAGAGCUAGAUCCCUGUACUGACUUUGAGGAGCUUGUGUGUGGUGGUUGGCGAGACCGACAUGACCUGCGUCCGGAUCAAGGUGAUGCGUUCACGGGCACCAUCAUGAACGAGAACUCAGAGUUACUGCUACGCCAUAUCCUGGAAGCUCCAUAUCCAAAAGACUCUCAGCACUCGUACUUCUCACCUAUGCAGUUGGUAGCUGUGCAGAAGUCUGCCGACGAGCAGAAUUUUGACAAGAUGAAAGCUGUAUAUGACGCCUGCCUGGAUGAGGACAAGAUCAAGAGCCUAGGUGUUGAGCCACUUCUCAAAGUACUUGAAGAGGUCAAGAAGGCAUACCCACAAGGCGGUGCUGCAUCCCUCCUUGCAAGGUACGGUGUGACCGGCUUGAUUGCGACUGGCACCGGUGCCGAUGAUCGUGACCCUGACACUGUUGUUGUUUCUGUUGCUGCGCCGUACUCGUUCGGCCUACCGAGCAAAGAGCGCUACGAAGACGACAAGUUAGUCGAGAAGUACCGCAGUGUUACUGUCAAAGUACUCGCUGCUCUGUACCCCGAUGCGAAAGAGGAGUCGUUCUCAAAGAUCAUCGAUUUCGAAAAGAAGCUAGCAGCUGCUUCACCCAGCACUGAGGACCGCGAGGACGUCACCAAAUACUACAACCCGAUGAGUCUCGACAGCGCCAACAAACUAGCUCCCGAGGUCGAUCUCAGGGGACUCCUUCACGAUCUUGCACCUAAGGACGUCAGUGUUGACCGCAUUAUCGUCAUGGCACCAGAGUACCAGAGCAAGCUGUCUUCUAUCCUGAACGAAACUGAUAGCGAGGUCGUGAUGAACUACUUUGUGUGGAAGGCUGUGCAGUCGUUCUCGGGCUACAUUGAUGCAGAAGAAGUCAAGCCUUACAGAAGAUUUCUCAAUGAGCUCGCAGGCAAGGACCCUGAUUCCACACCUGAGCGAUGGCGAACAUGUGUCGGUCACGUUGACGGUGGCGUAGGAUGGAUUUUGAGCAGGUUCUUCAUUGAGAAAGCUUUCUCCGCUGAAGCAAAGAAGUUUGGUGACACUAUCAUCACUGACAUAAAGACUGAGUUUGCCAAGAAACUUCAGGCUACGAAGUGGAUGGACAAGUCCACCACCAAGCAGGCCGUCAACAAGGUCCACAACAUCAUCCAGAAAAUCGGAUACCCUACCGAGAGCCCGAAUAUUAUGGACCCCCCAAGCCUCGAGAACUACUACCACUCUGUUAAUGUCUCAUCUGAUGCAUUUCUGCAGAAUGCCCUCUCGAUGCUUCGCUUCGCUAUCGAUGACGAAUGGUCAGCAUUAGGCAAGCCGGUCGAUCGCGAUCAGUGGGGCAUGACUGCGUCGACUGUUAAUGCUUAUUACAAUCCACCUGGCAACGAGAUCGUUUUCCCUGCCGGCAUCAUGCAGUUCCCAGUAUUCGAUGUCAACGUCCCCGCAUACAUGUCGUAUGGUGCAUUCGGCUCUGUUGCGGGUCACGAGCUCAGCCACGCUUUUGACUCAACUGGCCGUCACUAUGAUCAAAAUGGCAACUACACAGACUGGUGGUCCAAUUCGACAGUCGAUAGCUUUAGAGAGCGUGCUGAAUGCUUCGUCAACCAAUACUCGAACUUUUCCGUACCCGGAACCGACGGCAAGCCUCUCCACGUCAAUGGCCGUCUUACUUUGGGCGAGAACAUCGCUGAUGCUGGCGGUCUGUCUGCCUCUUACCAGGCUUGGAAGCUUCGCGCCCACAAGAAACCCAACCAGGAUCUUCCCGGCCUUGAACACUUCACACAAGAUCAACUCUUCUUUGUCACUUAUUCCAACUGGUGGUGUGGCAAAUCACGCAAGGAAAACGCGAUUAAUAGGAUAUACACCGACCCUCAUGCACCAAAGUGGGCACGUAUCCUGGGUACCAUGGCCAACAGCCGCGAAUUCAGAAACAGUUUCCAAUGCAAGGACAAGAAGCCUACCUGCCAGUUGUGGUAAGCGGACUAAAUCGUCUACCGGCAGACUGAGUGCGAGAGCAAACUACUUACUAUGUAUCACUACGCAAAUGGAGUUCCUGAUUUUCUGAUAUACUCAUUUACAGUGUCGACGAACAUCGCAUUAUGUCCAGACCUGGCACUAUCACCUUCUUGCUAGCCUUG